AAGUAGAAACAAAGAUCAUGAACCUGAGGAAGAAGCCGACAGUGUUCCAGGACCGAAGCAAAGUUUAGACAACUUCAAAGGGGAGGCCUCUGACCAAGCCAGUGAAGCAGCAAGGAGUUUUCUCUGAGAAUAUGCACGAAAAGAACGUCGUAGAAAAAAGCUAGAAUGUAUACCAUCUCUUGAACUCAUAACUGGUUUUGUUUCUAAUUCGUUUUAAAUACACACCACGUAACAUAACAUGUGUCAUGAGGUUAAAUUCCGCUGGGUUAGAAACUUCAUCGGUUCUUAACUUGUACUGUUUUAAUUUAGUAUACAGUAGGAUCAAAAGAAGUCCCAGCAUCUUUCCCCACUCCACAAUAUAUAAUAGAAUUAAUACGACUAUCUGUACUCGUUCUGGUUGACUCUCAAGUCGACCAAUUUGUAUUGUGUGAAACCGGAAGCUUAUGUUCGCCACAGUUUGUCAAAUGUAAUGCAUACGUUAUAUAAGCCUUUUUGAGAUAUCGCAGUUUUAAGAGUUUACGCCUUUUAAAGAUAUUGCAGUUUUUAGUAUAUAUAUAUAAGAAAAAGUUUACACACUCAAAACCAAUCAAGGAAAACGCUUGUUCGCAAGACACGUCGCAAUUCAGCCGUCGAGAUAUUUUGAUUUAUUUUUUUUAUUGUAUUGCGGACAAUUCAACAACCGAUAGCAGACCGCUAAGGUUUCUGCCAAAGUGAACCUACGCGUACAAUAAAAUGGUAGCAAAGCCGAGCCCGUGAUCUCUGUUUUAGAGACAGGCGCGCAUUGUGCCACGACGGUUUAGAAUGAGCAUGAGCGGUUUCAGCUCUGAAACUUAGCUUGAGCGCAAUAUAACGACGUCCAUGGCCUACUCAAUGAGUAGGCCAUGCGACUUAUAUAAAUCUUUGCUCAAAGCACAUGGUCAAUCACUAUACAGUAUGAUACCUUUAUGUAUAGGCAUCGGAACGCUAAAACGUUAACUGGCUGAACCAUUCCAGGAAAUCUUACUGCAUAGCGGAAAAACUGUGCGAUUUAGACUAUAUGCCCAGCAGUGCUCACAUACGUCAAAAGCGAUUCUGUACAACAAGGAGAUGUUUGUUAGAAUCGUUUUAAUGAUAUUGUUGUUUGUUUCUGUUUUUCUUUCUGGGUCUGUUCUAUUCGUCAGUGGUACUAAAAGACCUGGAAAAGAACAGGCUUACGCAGUCACUUUUGAUAAAGAAACGUUAAAGUCGAAUGCAUUUCUACCAGUUCUAAAUGGAGUUAACUGCGAUAAAAGUAAAGACCGGACAUAUUGUUGGGUGAAAUGUGAGCAAGAUCAGGUUGGUUACUCUGACCACUGUUGUCGUUGCGUCUGUCGAAGGGGAUUCGCACUUGGAACAGAUCGACGAAGCUGUAUUGGAGCUUCAUGGACACCAUGGGAGCCUUGGACGCCAUGUUUGAGCACAGAAUGGGGAGGACUUGAAACACGAAGCAGACGAUGUCGCACAAAACAUGCAGCAGACGCAACAGGAAGAUGCGUGGGCGCUGGAAGUCAAUCAAGAACAUGCAGCAGAAUAACUAAACCAUUUAUCAUUCGAAAAAAUAUAAGAAGCUUGACAGAGGAAGAAACGUUCGACAUUUUACAAGCAAUGGCUCGAUUUAAGCAAGAUAACUCUACUGAUGGAUAUACAAAUAUAGUUUCGUGGCACGGCUGGCCAUUCCGAUGUCCCUGGAACAAAAAGUUUCCUGGACAUAAAGAUGGACAUUGUAGUUGGCAUGUUGAUUUGCGAUUUUGUGCAUGGCACCGAAUAUUUAUGGUCCAAGUGGAAAUGGGAAUAAAUAAAUACCUCCGGAACAAGACGUUGGGAAUUCCAUACUGGGAUUGGACAGAAAGUGAUUGGGAUGAUAUUCCGUUUUAUUUCCGCAACAUAACCAUCCAUGAUCCUUAUACCAACCAUACCUACCCGAACCCGUUCAAUCCUUCUCUUAUACCAGGACACAAACCAAUACAAGGCAUCCCAUAUCCGGUACACGUUCAGAGAAAUAUAUCCAAGUCAGGCGUAUUGGCAUCCAACUACAUGCUGAGAGGUACAAUCCGCUCUUUGCUGGCGAACACUUACCAGUUUUUUGAUCACCAACUUGAAUUCAAUCCGCAUGGGCAGAUACAUAACUGUUUUUGCAACACUUCGAAAUUCCAUUUGACACCUAAAGAUCAUGUGCUCUGUUAUUAUAGUAUGUUAGAAACCGCAUACGCAGCAUGGGACCCUGCCUUUAUACUACACCACAGUCAAAUCGAUCGACUUUACGCUUUGUAUCGACUUUUACGAGAAAAACUAGGAAUUCAAGAUUGGACUCAAGAAGCAAUUUAUCAUGGGUAUGAAAAGGCCAAACCGUUAUAUUCGUCUAAAGAAAGUCUUCACAAGUUGAGAAAAGACGUCCAUUUCAAAUUUAAUAUGCCUCUGUCGCCAUUUUGCAACGUUACAAUGAACCCAAAUCACGUGACUGGUAGAAAAGGCGUCUGGACGACUGCUGGUAGUUACCACUACGAACAGAUCUUUGGGUAUCGUUACGAUAACUUUAAUCUGGACAAAAAACCUUGGCAAGUUCUGCUUGCAGAAAUGAAGUUAAAAUCUAAGCGCCCGAAUUGGGAUGAAGACUCGGCUCCGUUCGCUUCUCUUAUGAAACCGAGUCUGGGCAUAAUUUCGUUUCACACAAGUUUUCCAUUGAGCAAUGCAAACCUUUGCAAUGGUAAAAACCAACAUUUUUUGCCUUUAAGAGAAUUAUAAGUCUGUUUUACACUGUAUUGGGAAAAACCUUUUAAAACCUGUAUGGUACUCGGGUUUAAGAUGGGACACCUUUAGAACUUAAUAUCCAAACAUCCUGAUUGAUCGUGUUUAAAACAAUCUGAUUUGACCGUUGACUUCUUUUAUUUUUCAAUCAUUUUAUAACGAAACGUGUCCAUUUAUUAGAGGUCGGCUCUCUUGAUUAAGUACUACUUUUGUUGUUGUUGCUACUUCGUGUGUGUGGUUUCAGAUUGUACCUAGUUUGAAUAAAAGAAUCCUAUUCAUAUUUUCAGUGCCAAUUUGGCAUGCGUUAAAACCUCCAGCGAAAGAUAAGAUUUACUUGUCUAUUCGUUGCAUCGUCUUUUCAAUAUACAAUUAGUAGAUAGUCACAGCACGUCAGGCGAAACGUCACAGUUUGUACACGUGAAAAAUAUUCAAUGGAAAGUUUCUAAACAACAUUUUGCAACACCGAUAAUCAUUUCGUUUAUCCAACGAAAUUGCGCGAACGUUAGAAGGUCGAUCAAACAAUCUUUGAUGUCGUGUUUUAGUGGUGUAAUAUAUUGCACCACCAUAUCACACUUCACAUCAUUAAACAGUACGAAAACCUAUUAAAACGGCGGCGCCUUAUUAGAAUUCGCAGUGAAUGCAUGAGGAAACUAUAUGGGCGUCCUCACCGUCCUGUAUAGGCUUGCCAGUAUAGUCAUCAAUCGCCGUCAAUUUAAGGUACAAAAACAGGGAAAACAAACUUAAUGACAACCGUUCUGUAGCAUAUCAAAAGUACAACAGAUGUAAUUUUAUCCCAAUUUUAUUAACCAUUUCAUACUUGCUCGCGCACACAUUGCAACACGUAACAGUGGAACGCAAACCGGCAUUUCAAUUUGGCAGCACGCAUAUCAGGCAAUAAGAUUUGCGCUAAUGUUGUUAAAUCUUUGUAAUUAAAAACUAAGCCAGUAAGUUUUGGUGUUCCGUUAUAUGCGACGCAAAUUUCAGACAAUAACCAUCCCGACAAAAACAGAAAUAACAUUGUUGCUGCUGAAACAACGAUAUGUACAUGUAUUUAUAUAUAGGCACGGUGGCUUUUGAAACUCCAGCAUGAUCAGGA